AUGUCCGCCCAGAACUCCGCAGGCAUCCAAACUCUCCUCGAUGCCGAGAGGGAGGCUCAGAAGAUUGUACAGCAAGCCAGAGAAUAUCGCACCAAGCGGAUAAGGGACGCAAAGUCGGAGGCACAGAAAGAGAUUGAGGAAUACAAACAACAAAAGGAGGAGGAAUUCAAGAAGUUCGAGGCCGAGCACUCGAGCGGAUACAAGAAGGCUGAGGAGGAUGCCAACAAAGAGGCUGAGGUGAAGGUCGAAGACAUCCAUGCCGCAGGAAAGGAGAAGGGCGGCAAGGUCGUUGAUGACCUGAUCCAUGCGGUUAUUGAUGUGAAACCCGAGCCGUCAGAGAAGAUCGUGGCUAGCGCAUAG